AGAGGAAACCGCGUCUUUGUCUCCCAUCGCAAUGCUGUUUGGGGGUAUCAGCGCUGAGCAUCAUAAUCCUUCUGCCUCUAACAAAAAAGCUCUCGUAAAGAGAGGCAACGGCGGAGAGAUAGCGACGCCUCUGCCCCGUUCUACGGCUGCAGCUCAAUGGGAUUAUUUCGUCUCUUUAUACGUUAAUACACCGGGCACAGAAAUCGCCGACAUUACAUCACUGGGUUUCCGUUCCAGGCGUGCAAGGAGACGCGGUUUAAUAUUUAACAAGCGAGAUCAAAACAGCCAGGCAGAGGGCAGCGCAAGGAAGAUCAUGGGAUCCAGCACAGGAGACCGUACAUAAACAACCAUAAAGAAACUGUGAUUGUAUGCGAAUCGCAAGGUCUUUUUCCGAGGACCAAAACAUGUCAUGGCAGGGGCGAACACCAGCACUGUGGAAGCUGCGGAAGCAGCCCCUUACGAGGAAUACGAAUGCAAGAUUUGCUACAAUUACUUUGACCUGGAUCGCCGCGCUCCAAAGAUCCUGGAGUGUCUGCACACCUUCUGCGAGGAGUGCCUGACCACCCUGCACCACCGGGAGGAGCGGCCAUGGCGCAUCGGCUGUCCGAUCUGCCGACACCGAACCCCCGUUCCUGAAUACCGGAUCCACAAUCUGCCCAACAACACUAAGGUGACUGAGGCUUUCCCUUCGUACAUAGAAGCGGACCCAUUACCCCAAGACCCUCCCCACCCGCGCCACCCGGCUUCCCCAGCGUUGCCAGAGGAGGCGUCGGCGGCCACCCCAGCGCACAUCAGCGGGGGAGGUGGCAACAACAGUACUGGAGGAGGUGGCGGCGGUGGCAGCGGCAACAGUAGCAGCAGGGCACAUUCGACGCGCUACGAGAGCUGCCAGAACUGCAAGCGAGCCGCUCUGACAGCGGCCUGCGUCUGCGUCAUUUUCUCCUUCCUCUCCAUGAUCGUGUUGCUCUUCACUGGCCUGAUCUUUGUGCACAACUACAACAACCCCCCGUCACCCGUGGGACCAGUCUGCUUGUCUGUAGCCAGCAUUUUAGCCAUGUUUUCCGUGGUCGUCACGUGGGUCAUUUGCUGGCUCAAGUACCGACCGGACGGCGGCAGAGCGGCCGCGUCCGCAAACAGGAGGGGCACUUGAGCUUAAUAUGGAAUGACUGACAGACAGACCGAGCGGGGCAUUCUAUCUACCCGCCUUGCCUCUGCAGGGUUCAUUUCUUUUUUCCUGAUUUUACCAAUCCCGUUGUUUAAAUUGUUUACAAUCUUUACACAGUUUUAAAUAUCAAUAGUGUUAGGUUUGCUUAGGUGGUAUUUGCUUAAAAACGAAGAAGGCAUAUGAACGCAGAGUGCCACUAAAAUUAGGGUAACCUAUUGUUACCAACAACCUAGGCGAAAGCAAUCACUUUGGACUGCUGACAUGCGUCAUUUUAACUCAGUUAUUUACAGCACGUCAAAGCGCUUGGGGACAAAAACAAUUUUCAGAGAUCGGUUUAACAUUGCCGCAGUUUAUUGGAAAAGCGAGAAUCGUUCUGUUAGACAUUUUCACGGCAUUUGGCGUCUUAUGAGAUUUCCUGCAUGCGAAUCUGCAUUUUACCUUUAAAAACUGCAUUCAACAGAAUCACACUAUAGGCACAGUCGAUGUCCAUAUAUUGUGUGUACAUAAAAGAAGUCAAUGGCAUUUUGUGCCUGCGAGUAACAUUACGUUUUUUACUUGAAAACAUACGUUGUGAUGGCGACUGCAUUCACUUUGGACUCUUUUCAGUACUUAAUAUGUUUGCACUUAAAAGAGCUCUUGGUCGAUUUUUUUCCAAGAUGUGAAUACAAACAUUUAUUAUUGCAACUAUUAUAUAUUGGUUUUGAUGGUGACUGUCGAUGCGGCAGUUUCUAUAAGACGCCUGAAAAGAUUUUUGCUGACAUGUUUUUUUUACCAUUUACUGCAUAUCUUAUGUAUAGACAAUUGUUUUUUUUUCUCCGAUUGAAUACUAGUAAAGCGUCUACAGAAUGAGCCAUAUGUUGCGCUUGGUGUAACCGAUUCAAUAGCCCGUACUCCCAUAUGACGUCAUUUACACAUUUAUGCAAAGCACCUGCGCGUUUCACAAUGAAAGACUGAAGGAAAAGUAACUGAGCACCUCUGUCUAGUAUCGCUGCGCUUUUGAAAUCUUCCCCUCAAUGGUUUGGCGUGUAAACAGUGAUGUGUAACUGCUGUCUUACUGUAGUUGUGUUACAUGACAAAGAGUAGAAACAGUCAGGCACAAAUGUGAAAUGUAUAGUGCUAGUAUUUUGAGAUUAACUACAAAAAUCAUGUGAAAUUGUGGAAAGCGCCCUUAUUACUCCGUGUUAUUUUAUGUCUCUAUGGCAACCUGCUACCAUAAACAGAGAGGACCCAUCAAAAUUUCUCUAACGUGUCUUCCCUGCAUAUGCAAACUAUCCAUCAAUAUUUGAGUUUGAUUUUCUAGAAAAAUGACUGUAGAAUAUGACACCAGGCAAUGCUGCAUCUCAAGAAAACUUUGCAGCUGUUCACCUCACAUUGUUGGGUGCAAUGCAGUCAGCUCAGAGCUAUGCUGGUGCUUUGUCUUUUACAAAGACUUAAAUGCUCACCAUUUCUUCAACUCCUCCACACUGUCAAGGAUUUGGAAUUAUGCAGCUACUGAAAAGGCAGAUUUAAAUUUCAUGAUCUCCUGGCUAAAAUUUCUCAUAUGAAAAAGCCUUAAAGUGUCCCAUAUGGAUUACAAAAAAAAAAGGGCUCAAAAUGGUAAAGUAGUCAUUUUAAAUUCAAGCCUGGCCAUAGACUCACCGCUUGACCUUAAAUGAGCAAAUCACUUUGCGUCUUGUGCUCUCCUCCUCCACAUGGGAUUGAAAGCCCAGGUUCUGAUGUACUAAAGGUGAAAAUAGUAGCAGGAUUCAACAUAAAUUUCAACCCCAUGCCUCUGCACUUGCAUAAAUGUGAAUAUUUUUUUAAUCAUACAUUCUUCAGUUCUCACAUUUUCUGUAUUUGCAGUUGUGAAUGUGGUUUUCUUGCCUGUGAUCCUGUUCUGUGUUAGGUAAACUGCACCCUGCACAUUUUCACUAAUAAAACAUUCAUUUUUAUAAUGGUAAAAUGCUUAAGCCUUAGAUUACCUGCAGGUCCUUAGACUACCAGUAAGAUUCAGUUUUAAAGUUGUUUGAUAUUUUUAGGUUUUGUUUUUUAAUAUGUAGAGUAAAUUGAUGACUGCAUAUAAUAAAGAUAAAAGAGGACAGAGAAUCAGAUUCUGCCCAUUUUCUCCCUCUGUAUUAUUUUAAGAGUGCUGCUGAUUUUUCAAAUGUUAGUAAUCAAUAACUUUUUGAUUAUGAAAUGAUUUCACUUUUUGGGACCUUUUGGCUUAUUUAUUUAUUUAUUUAUUUAUUUAACGAUGUUUGUAUGUAAUAAUUUAUUUGUUUAUACAGUUAUAAAACUCUUUUUAUCAUUA